AUGGUGGUGGAUGAGGGGGGGGGGGGGGGGGGGGUAGUGGAGGAGCUGGUGGAGGAGGUGGGUUUGGUGCUAAGAAAAAGAGGCAGGAGGGCAGUCCACGGGGCAGUGAGUGGGACCACAGCGAUCCCCUGGAGGAGCAGCAGGAGCAGCAGCAGGAGGAGUAGCAGGAGGAGGCUGCUGCAGAGGCUGAAGGACUGGGAGGAGGCCUGGAGUCCACCACCUCCAUGGGACAGAGAGGAGGCUCAGUCUGCACUCAGAGGGACACAACCAGGGAGUUUCCUGGUUCUGAGAGAUCAUGUGACCUGUAGGCCCCGCCUCCUCUGUGUGGCCACAGAUGGUCACGUUACCGAGCGGGAAAUCCUCUUCUCUGACAGAGUUUGUCAGUUGUCUGGAUCUCGUCUGUCUUUCCCCGACGUGUUUCAGCUGCUGCUCUUCUGCUCUUUCUCCAGAGAUGUUCUGCCGGAGGUUCUGCGUCUGCCUCCGUGGAUCUUCUCUGAAAGCCCAGAGUCCUCUGAGCUCGGUCCCAAAAUGUGGCUCAGUGCGUCCUCUGAAAAUCCUCCAGAAGAAAAGAGUGAAGCUCUGGGCUCAGUGCUGUGCUGUUUACAGAUGACGUCGUCCAAUGGGGCCCUCUGUGUGGUGAACCCUCUGUACCUCCAUGAACACGGGGAUGAGUGGCUGAUGCAGAGGCCCCUGGCUCAGAGACCCCUGGCUCAGAUGCCCCCGGCUCAGAGGUCCCUGGUUCAGAGGCCCCUGGCUCAGAGCUCCAGGACGUCCGACCUCAGGAGGGACCAGCGGCGCCUCAGCGGCACCAGGCCCUGGUCCGGGGCCGGACUCAUCCCUAAACGAGCAGUGUCCCUGGACCAGGAGCCGGCCCCAGACCUGGGGGACAGUUCAGGUGUGGUCCGGGCCCGAUCUGCAGACUCCUCAAAGACCCCGGUCUCCUCUGGUCCUGCCUCCUCCACGUCUGGUGUGGUCCUCCGCCGUCCCAGCAGAGACUCCCCCAUUGCCACCUCCUCCCCCAUCACCACCUCCUCCCCCUCUGCACCCUCUCCUCUGGCUCCGGUCUCCCACAUGUCCCCGUCUCCUCACCGCGUCUCCUGGAUCCAAGAUGGCGUCUGGCUGCCACCCCCCAGCCCCCCCUCCCUCCUCCAUUUGCCCUCGAUGGAGCUGGACUCUCUCUCCGUCAGCAGUGUGGAGGAGGAUCCAGACCCGCUCUCCGGCCUCGCCUCCUCCUCUCACCGUCUGGCCGAUAAAGUCAGACACCGGUUCUCCGCCGUGGGCCAGGCGUUAGGAGGCCUGGUGUGUCCCAAGAGGAGGUUCCGCUACAGAGUCCAGGAGAUGAGUGACCGGAGAGGAAGCGUGUUCGCAGACGGCGUCAGGACUUUUGUGGACGGGUUUCUGCAGAAAAGUCCAGAGAGAGACGGACUGACGGAGUUCCUGCAGGAGGUCAGGGCCUCGCUCACGGCGCUGAGAGAGACGCUGCUGGAGCACGUGGAGAUACAGGGCCUUCUGGACGCCAUGACGGACAUGACGGACGCCGAAAUUGACAUAUUGGUGGAGCGGUCUAUCCAUAAAGUGGCGCUGAAGCCUGUGGCGUCUCAUCUUUACGGCUGUAUCCAAACGUCCCGCUCCAGUGAUGGGAUCCUGGACCGUCUGCAGAGGAACCAGCGCCCCCUGCAGGCCGGGGGGGUGGGGCAGCUGGGGGGGUCGGAGGGGGUGGGGGUCCCGGACCAGGUCACUCUUGAGCGGAUCAGGGAGAGGUGGGACACGAUGCACGAGGCCUAUUCUCCAAACAAGAAGGUGGAGGUUCUGCUGAAGGUCUGCAAGAACAUCUACCACUGCAUGAGCGCCGGCACAGAGAGCACAGGGGCAGUGUUGGGAGCAGAUGACUUCCUGCCGUGUCUGAGCUGGGUGCUGCUGCAGAGUGAUGUGGUGGCGCUACAGGUGGAUACAGAAUACAUGAUGGAGCUACUGGACCCCACACAGCUGCAGGGAGAAGGUGGAUACUACCUGACCUCGCUGUAUGCCGCCCUCUUCUUCAUUAGCAGCUUCAGGACUCGUCGCGCAGUUCGACAGCUCAGUGUCGAGGCCCAACAGUCUCUGAGCCAGUGGCACCGGAGACGGACCCUUCACUGUGACCAUCCCCCACGCAGGAAACUCCCACACACCAUCCACAGCAGGGGGGGAGAGGGGGGAGAGGAGGUACCACAACGGGGGAGGGGCAGGGGGGGAGAGGAGGUCCCACAGCCGGGGAGGGGCAGGGGGGGAGAGGGGAGUGAGGAGGGUGAGGGGGGUCCCAGAGACUCAGAGCUGAGGUUAAAGAAAUGGAAAGAUGUGUAA